AUGGCAAAUCAUACUACUUACGAAUGGAAUCCAGAUGUGGAUCCUGUUGAAGUCCUGGAGCAGGCUAUGAAGACAACGUUCGUUCUCAAAGAUGCGAAAGAAGAUAAUCAAAAACAAGAUCCGGGUGAAUCUAUGCAGUCAUAUGAAGACAAGUUUUGCGCACUUAGCGAGAAUCCCGUUGUGGAAUAUUCAAAAGAUGUCAUCCUUAAAUCAAUCUGGAUAUGUGGUAUCCAAGAUGAAAGAACCCGUUAUAAUAUAUUAGAUAUUGCCAGGAAUUCUGAGAAAUUACCACUCUUACUCCAAUUAACAAAUCAACUAGACUUGUUACUUAACAACUCACUAAUCAAGUGUGAUAAUCUUUAUUACACAUUCGUUAAUGGAAAUCCAUUAACGACUUGA